AUGAUGCUCACGCCCAAGCACAGGGGAACGAAGGAAUCAGCACAGGCAAUGAAUCCGCCUGUACCGGUUGAGCCCAGAAGAGAAGAAGAGAGAGGAGGUGCAGGACAAGAAAGGGGGUGGAAGAGCGUCGCGUUGCUAAUCAACGAAAACAACGAGAGCAGUCAGCAGCAGCAACAACAACAACAACAACAACAACAACAACAACAACAACAAUAG